UGACUGAUGAACUACCCUUAGUCUUAGUAAAGAUUAUGACUAGUACUAAACAGUUAGAGAAGAUAGUUGAUGCUUUAGAGGAUAUCUCCAUUAACAUCAACACAAAUCCGGAUUUAAAACAGUUGGAGUCGGAUUCACACAUACAAUAUAUACCGAAGAACCCUCAACUAAAGUCGGAUUCAGAUAUAUCUCCUAUAGAUUUAAAGACAAUAGAAUUACUAGAUUUAAUAGAACAGUAUGAAAAACUAGUUAAUGACCAAUAUAGAUUAAACUAUAUCAAUGGAUUUUUAAAUCUAAGUAGAGCCAAUUAUAAUUAUACAUCAAGACGAUUUGGAUCAAAUAGUUUUGAUUAUAGACCCUAUGAUGCAUGUAAGGAAAUUACUAUUAAUGAUAAUACUGGAGAAAUUAAUCUAAUCAAUAAAUUAGCCAUUCAUCAAAGUAAGUUACUGCAACAGAAAAAGAAUAAGCAUGAAAAGAAAGAAAAUGAUGAUGAAUAUGAGAUUAUAGACGUAAUAUCCGAAAAGGGUAUAUCAUCAUCUUCAUCAAGUACUAAGGACUCUAUCCUGAUUUCAACUAGAAGUUUAAAAAAUAGAAAAGAGAAUUUAUCAGAAAAGCUUUCAAGUACAAUUACAGUUGAAGAAGAUCCAUUACCUUCUAAUUCAAGAUUACAAGAUCCAAUUAAUCAAUUCGGAGGGUUAGUACCUUACCAAUUAAGACAAUCACAAGGAUAUUUCAAUAAAGCUCUCACUGAUAGUGUGGAUAUUAUUAACUUAAGAAGUAGAAUAAAUGGUUUGAUUAACGAGAUAGAGAAAUUAAAGACUUAAAGACUUAAGUAAUUCAUUAAUUAAUGU